UCAAAUGUCUGGUGAGACUGUGUGAGAUGAAGGACAAAAGAAGUUGGUGUUUCUUUUACUUUUGCUUCUUUUUGAUUUCUUCCUUGCUUGCGGUGGUUGUCGUCGGGUUUGAGGUUUCCGACAAUGGCCCGCUGUCGGACGCCGAGGUUCAGUACAUCCAGCGCCGGCAGUUACUGCACGACCGCGGCGAGGAGGUGACGAUCGACCCGUCUCUGAAGUUCGACAAUCCCAGGAUCCGGAAUGCUUACAUUGCUUUACAGGCAUGGAAGCAGGCCAUUAUCUCAGAUCCGCGCAACUUUACUGUGGAUUGGGUCGGGUCGGACGUCUGCAACUACUCCAACGUGUUCUGCGACGCGGCGCCGGAUAACCCCAAGAUCCAGACGGUCGGCAGCAUUGAUCUCAACCACGGCGACAUUGCCGGAUUCCUGCCGGAGGAGCUCGGCCUGCUGGCGGAUCUCGCGAUUUUCCACAUCAACUCGAAUCGGUUCUGCGGGACGAUCCCGAAGAAAUUCAAGAAUUUGAAGCGGCUGUACGAGCUGGACGUGAGUAACAACCGGUUCGCCGGGAAGUUCCCUUACGUGGUUCUCAGCUUGCCGGAGCUGAUCUAUUUGGACAUCAGGUUCAAUGAGUUCGAAGGGGGGGUUCCCUCUGCACUGUUUGACAAGCCGCUGGAUGCGAUUUUCAUAAACGAUAACCGGUUCGCCUUUGAAUUGCCGGAGAAUUUUGGGAAUUCGCCGGUGUCGGUGAUUGUGGUGGCGAAUAAUAAGUUUCACGGGUGUCUGCCGGCGAGCAUUGGGAAUAUGACUAAUCUGAAUGAGAUUAUACUGAUGAACAAUGACUUAAUGUCGUGUCUUCCGCCGGGAAUCGGGCGGCUGAAAAACUUGACGGUGUUCGACGUGAGCUUCAACAAGCUGUUGGGGCCGUUGCCGGAGAAGAUCGGAGAGAUGGUUAGCUUGGAGCAGCUGAAUGUGGGUCAUAAUAUGCUUUCUGGGACAAUUCCGAAGAGUAUAUGUGAGCUUCCUAAGCUUCAGAAUUUUACAUAUUCGUAUAACUUCUUUACCGGUGAGCCGCCGGCGUGUUUGGCGUUGCCCAAGAUUGAUGAUCGCCGGAAUUGCUUGCCGAGCCGGCCGGAACAGCGGUCUGCGGCGCAGUGUAAGGCGUUCUUGGGUAAGAGAAUUAGUUGCAGUGCUUUUAAAUGUCAAAAGUUUACUCCUUCUCUGCCUUCACCUCCUCUGCCGUCUCCUCCUUUGCCCGCUCCUCCGCCGCCGGUUUCUGUUCCGGUGUCUCCGCCUUCUCCGGGUGUUCCACCAUCUCCGUCAUCUCCGGGAUUUUCACCUCCUCCUGUCUUCACCCCUCCGCCGUCGGGCUUCAAUCCACCUUCACAUUCACCUCCAUCAUCACCCUCACCACCUUCGCCAUCUCCGGGUGUUUCGCCACCUCCUGUCUUCACACCUCCGCCAUCUCCGGGAUCUUCGCCGCCCGUUUUCACCCCUCCGCCAUCUCCGGGAUCUUCGCCGCCCGUUUUCACCCCUCCGCCAUCUCCGGGAUCUUCGCCGCCUGUUUUCACCCCUCCGCCAUCCCCGGGAUCUUCGCCGCCUGUUUUCACCCCUCCGCCAUCCCCGGGAUCUUCGCCGCCUGUUUUCACCCCUCCGCCAUCUCCGGGAUCUUCACCGCCUGUUUUCACCCCUCCGCCAUCUCCGGGAUCUUCGCCGCCCGUUUUCACCCCUCCGCCAUCUCCGGGAACUUCCCCGCCUGUUUUCACCCCUCCGCCAUCGGGUUCCAAUCCACCUUCACAUUCACCCUCACCAGCUCCCCCGCCGGCGGUUCAUUCUCCCCCACCUCCACCACCGCCUUCUCCCUCGCCCCCGCCACCACCGGUUUAUUCUCCUCCACCUCCACCACCGCCGUCACCCUCGCCCCCGCCACCACCGGUUUAUUCUCCCCCACCUCCACCACCGCCGUCACCCUCGCCCCCGCCACCACCGGUUUAUUCCCCUCCACCUCCCCCACCUUCACCACCCCCACCGGUUUACUCACCGCCUCCACCUUCUCCACCCCCUCCAUCACCCCCACCACCAGUUCAGUCGCCGCCUCCUCCCCAAGCUCCGCCGCAGCCAUCCCCUACUCCGUCACCAAAUUCGCCACCUCCGCCACCAUCCCCUCUCCCUAGCAUAGAGCCUCCACCACCUCCAUCGCCAAUACCACUACCACCUCCUCAUGUUUACUUGCCACCACCAUCCCCAUCUCCCCCAAUCCACUACAAUUCCCCGCCCCCACCUGUCCACCACCACCACUCACCACCUCCACCCUCCAAGCCAUGUGAACAUCCUCCACCACUACCCUCUCUCCCACCGCCGGUGGUUAUCUAUGAGAGCCCACCACCUCCCCCUCCGGCAUUCGUCUUGCCUCCGGUCAUCGGCGUUUCCUACGCUUCACCUCCACCACCACCCUUCUAUUGAUUCCUUUCUGGAAUAUUCCUCUAACUAUUCCUAUUUAUUUCCUCGUCUAUAUUGUCGCAAUCAUCGCCGGGAUGAGAAAGACAGCCCCUGAAGUACUAUAUUGGGUAAUUGCUAAGAUUUCUCCCACUAUUUCUUGGAAACUAUUACUAUUAUGGGUAAUUAAGAUUUGCGAAGGAGAGAAAUAAAUUUGGCAGAAACAGAGAAUAGAUUUGCAGGGAAGUGUAUGUAUAGAGAGCUUAAUUCUGGGCCAGAUCCCAGUUUGUUGCUGGCAAUGGUUUCCGGAUUGUUAUUUAUCUUCUUCUUCUUCUUUCUUUUUGUUUCUCUUUUCAUUAUCAUACUCUUGUUUCUUGAUUUUAUUCUUUUUUUUUUUUUUCUCCUUCUCCUUCAAUUUAUAAUAUAAUGAUGAACAUCAUUUUACUUGUAUUGAUUCCUGGAAUUCAUGUCAUUCCUUUGAUUUCCA